CCUGGUGCCCGGAGGUGGUUCUAGAUAUGUCGGGAUGGAUAAGUCGUUUGGAUAGGAGGUUCCCGUACCGCACUAGGUCUUGGACCGUCCUGUCUAAGGACCGUUGGGUGGCCAAGAAUCAUGGUCUUGGCGAAAAUAUGCAGAUGAGGCCACCCCCUGGCGGCAAAGUGGAGGCUCUGCAGCCCGAUGCGAGCAGAAAAAGGAAAGGUAGGGCGGUCGUCGCUCAUUCCGACCAGAAAAUUGCUCUAACUUCUGGGUCGAACCUUGAUGCUGAAGGGGAGGACGACGAAGGGAGUCCGUUGAGGAGGAGAGCAAAGCCCGACGCGAUGGAUCUGCAGGCGCCCCGAUCGGAGGCUGCUGAGUCCGGUACGACUGAUUCUGGUCGAGCCGAAGGGCGAAGGACCCUCGAAGAGAACGCUGAAGCAGCCUCGACUCGUGUAGUUGGAUCCGACGCAGCCCUCGAGAGGAGAACUGUAAGAGCUGAUAUUGAGAGACUAGAGCUCGGGGCCAUGCAGGAGAGCGGGUCGCUUUUUGGAGAAAUUGGCGAUUUUAACGAUCUGAUCUCAAAUUAUCCUAUCUCCUUCGGGGAACUGCGAGAUGCCGAACGGAUGGUUGGUGCCAAAGUCGGGACUUCUUCCAAAGGGGGGAACUUCAUGGCCGAUAUUUUUGACGGCGUGAUCGACAGGGCUGAUCUCGAUAUCCCCGGUGCUGUUAGAGUGGCGGAGAAGUUUCUGCAACAGUGUAAGGAGAUGUACGAUCACGCCAUCCUUUAACUCCAGGGGGAGCUUUCUUGCUGCGAGAAGGAGUGUGGCAAUCUUGCUUCGAAACUUCGGGACUCGGAGGCACGCGAUGCCCAGGGAGAUAGAGAGUUGGGAGAGCUUCGAGGCAUUCUGAGGUGGCGCUCCAGGAGAAAACUGCUCUUGCUGCUUAGGUCGAAUAGAGCAGCACGCGAAUUUUUCGGCUGGAGGCGGAGGUUUUCGAGCUGGAAAAGCAAAAUGAGGUUAUGGCCGGAGAAUUGGCGACAUCUCGAGAUCUUCUUGCGGAUACUCGUAGGGAGAACGUUUCCUUGGCUGCUGCCAAAUCUGAGGCCGAAAAAGAUGCUGCUGCUUACAAGGAAGAUGCGGCCAUGCGUAUAUAAUAGUUCGCGACAUGUCUAUGGCAGUCGGCCAGAGACUAUCUCGAGCCGUCGAAUAUGCCAAAGCGAAGGCCAAGAGGGAAAUCCUGGAACACCUCGAGUCUAGAGGCUUCGAGCUGUCUGUUGAUUUGGCGGAGGCUCGUGUGGCUGAAGAAAAGCUGGUUCCCUUGAACACUCCCGAUAGGGGCGAAGAUGAUAGCGGCGAGGAGUAGUUUCCCGGCCUUUCGUGUAUUUCCUUGGCUUUAUGAGUUCCUUUUUUUGGGAAGCAAA